AUGGUUUUUCUUCAACUUGAAUACGAUGAUAAGCGUAUACCGUGCGUAAACGUACAGCCGCUCAUUGAUGCUUCUCAAUCUGGUGACAAUGAAAGUUUACGGCGUCAAAGUAGCGGGAGCUCGUUCUCAAACAGUCGUAGUGAAGCCGACUCGGAACUGAGCAAAGAAGAUCGUGAACCAAACGCAACCGUUGAUUCUGUCGCUACUCUGUCAAGCUCGACACCGAAACAAUCAUCGGAGCAACCCGGACCGUCUGGAAUUCAACGCUCCACCUUCAGUUCGCCAUCACAUUUUUCGGGUAUAGGAAGUGUUUCCGAUCCUGAUACCUUCUGCGUUUACUCAUCCUCGCCCUCUAACUUCUGCCAAGGAAAAUUAACUCUUUUCCAACAAGGGUUACAGAAGGUCGGUGACAAAGUGCGGAAAGGUAUGAGGGGAUCCUCAUUCCGCCAAAUACCACACUCUUCUACAAUUUCGGACCUGCUUAGCGAGUGGAAUGCUUCAAGACGAGAAAACGAUCGAAAUCUUUCUACCACUAAAAACAGUCAAAACGUAAUUCGUGUGGCUGAUCUCCAUCAGCAGUCUGCUGACGACAUACUUGCAAAAUAUCAACCUAUUGCUUCCAUUUUUGCCAACGACGUGCAGGUGCCAAAUGAGGUCACUUCAUCCGCUUCCGAAAGUACACCUUCUGAGCAAGUACUUGCUUAUUAUUCCUCAGAUGAUCUGACGGAGUGCAGUAGUUCAAAAGUGGACUUAGUGGAAUUGAACGAUGACCAAGGCGACACACGCACGACUCGCCAUGGAGACUGUCUCAGACUGUGUACUUACAACGCGAGAACAGUUUCCACAGACGCUGACCUGCAUGCCCUUCUCGGAGCUGCAGAGCGUAUCAAAUUUCACGUGAUUGCUCCGCAGGAGACCAAGUGUAGAAGGAGCGACGUACGACAGAUGAAUGACGGUACACUCGUCAUUCGUGAAGAGAAGGUUCCGUCGCGAAAUGUAGGCGGUGUUGGUUUUGUGCGCCCAUCUGUCGUCCAUCUCGUCGAUUCUCACGAGAUCCUGUCACCUCGUCUGGCCAUUCUUCGCCUCCGCCCUCUGCGCCAAAAAUCCAUCAGUAUCAUCAACUGCUAUUCACCAACAUCAACAGCUGAUGAUUCCGAAUUGGACGCGUUUUACGAGGAGCUGGAAGUAGUCCGCAACGAGAAGUCCUUUUACAAACUCGUUGUCGGAGACUUCAACGCAAAACUAGGAAAGGCCACAGAAGAGGAAUACAGGAUUGGAAGAUUUGGACUAGGGGACCGGAAUGAAAAUGGCAAUCGUCUCGCCGGGCUGUUGUCCGCCGCUCGCCUCUUUCCUGGGAACUUUCUUUUCAUGAAAAAAGAUCAUCGACGGUGGACAUGGGAAUCGCCAAAUGGCGCGACUCGUGCGGAGAUCGACCACACACUCACCAAUCGGAGCCACACAAUGCAAAAGAACAUCUGCUAUCGGCAACGGAGGAGAAAAGAAGUCGUCUACGACGAUUGCGUACUCGAGGACUCUUUGUCCCAAGGUGACUGGCACAUCGAGGAGAACACAAACGUGGACUACGAGAUGCUGCUCAGAGGAUUACGAGCCUUUGCUGAACGUGCCUCGAAGCCGCGCACGACAAACUUGGAUCGAAUUUCGAAGACCACCAACAAACUGUUGGAAAGAAGAAGGGCUUUGAGGCUUGAUUCGAAUGCAUCGCACAUUGAGCGGUUAGUAGUAAACACUAGCUGCAGAAAAGCGUUGCAGGAGAAUCUUUUGAAAUACAGGCAGAAGAAGAUUCUGGAAGCAGCACAAAGAGGAACGAGUCUAAAGAACUGCCGCAGAAAUCUCGGCGAAUAUAAUAUUCCGCUAGCAACCUUGCUGAGCGAAGACGGGACUCGCACGUCUUCUCGUCGUGAGAUGGAAAUCAUUACGGAGAGGUUCUACUCGAACCUUUUCCGUUCAUCAACUACUGUGUCAAGCCCGAUCAUCCCCACUGAUGAAGCUCCACCACGGAUUCUCCCUUCGGAAGUACGAGUCACUAUCAAGAGCAUGAAACCUGGCACAGCCCCCGGACUUGAUUUUAUAUCAGCAGACUUUCUUCGGGCUGGUGGCCAUCCGCUUCAAAUAAUCUUAGCAGCGCACAUGACAUUCUACCUUCAGAAAGAAAGAAUCUCAGACCAGUAUAAGACCUCGCAAACCGUUCUUAUCCAUAAGAAGGGUGACCGAGAAGACCUUCGGAACUACCUUCCGAUAUGCUUGCUGAGCGUGUUGUACAAAGUAUUCACCACGAUCAUCAUCACGCGCAUAUCUAAGACGCUGGAUGAAGCCCUGCCUCAAGAACAAGCUGGAUUCCGUCAGGGAUUCAGCUGUUUGGACCACAUCCAGACCGUAUCGAGGGUUCUAACCUUCGUCGACUAUGAGAAAGCCUUUAACAACGUAGAAACGAAUGCAAUACUGUCAGCGCUGGUCGAUCAAGGUGUGGACGCGUCAGCUUUUCUGGAUGCGAAGAGAAAAUUACGCCUGGUUCUGAGUAGUGCGGAUAAUAUUCCUACCAUGCCGUUUGAUGGCAACUGCAGUGGAAUGAAGCAGGAGGACGAACGUGAACAACUGAUACUGUUAUUGCGUACUCUUUUAGCGGAGGCUGUAAGCGGAAGAGAGCAAGGUCUCGUAGCGCAUACAAGAGAAGUUAUGCGUUGCUUGCAGAUCUUUGAUAAUAAGGGAAUCUGCAAACUUCUGCGGACAAUGAAGGAGGAAUAUCGCAGAAGAUCUUCAUAUCUGCUGUACCUGCAACAGUCCAGAGUAACUCUUCUGCGACUAUCUACCUACAUCGAAAAACUUAUGUUAAGGACUCAGAGAGAAAAGACAUUAGUGGAAGAAUGUCUGGUAGAGGUUUUGGUUCGCUUCUACAUGGAAAACAAGGACUUACAAGUGAAGCGAUUUCUUCAGGAAUUUGUAGCACUCAACGCUCAGGGCAGUGAAAACGUGCAAACACGAGUAUUAGGAUAUGCUGUUUAUGAGUAUGUUGAAUCAUAA